AUGAAAGACAGCGGCACUAAGAAGCCCCGUGAGCUUGGUGAACGCGUGAUCGACCAUCGCUUCCACCCUCGUCUGUGGAUCCUGCUGACGGAGCCAGCGCCUGAGGCCACGCCCACACGCCAAAAACUGCUCAAUGUCACCACCCGGAAGAUCAAGGUCGAUCUGCCAGAGCCCGACGGCCACGCCGCGCUCCCGGGUCCUGACGUGACAUCGGAGGGCAUGCGAGUGGUGCGCAAGAGGACUCUUGUCAUGUGCCUCCUCAACCACCUUACGUGUCACGUCUUUGACCUCUCGACAUUGAGGACGCUACAGCCUGGUAGCCGCAGGGGGCCCAUUCCGGAUGAGUUCCAUGAGGAUCACGAGGUGACGGGCGUCGACUUCGUGGGCCCACUCCUCGUCACGCUCAGUGACACUGUUGCUGGUCGCCUGGUCCUACCCACCUUUGGUGGAGGACGAUGCCGGGUGCCUCCUGGAUGGUGGGACGUGGCGGACUUCAUGCGGUUCUGUUUGGUGUGCAAGCUGUGGAUGAACAACAUCGGCACCAAGAAGCCCCAUGAGCUCUGUGAACGUGUCAUCGACCACCGCUUCCACCCUCACCGGUGGAUCCUUAUGAUGGAGCCAGCGCCUGAGGCCACGCCCACAGGUCGCAAGCUGCUCAACAUAACCACCCAGAAGAUCAUCAAGGUCGAUCAGUCAGAGCUCGAUGGCCAUGCCAUGCUCCUAGGCGUGACUAGCUGGCCUGCCACCGCUAACGGUGGAGAACAUCGCCGAGCGCCUUCUGGAUGGUGGGACGUGGUGGACUUCAUGCGGUUUCACUUGGUGUGCAAGCUGUGGAUGAAAGGCAGUAGCACCAAGAAGCCCCGUGAGCUCAGUGAACGCGUCAUCGACCACCUCUUCCACCCUCACCGGUGGAUCUUGCUGAUGGAGCCAGCGCCUGAGGCCACACCCACACGCCGCAAGCUACUCCACGUCACCACCCGGAAGAUCAUCAUGGUCGAUCUGCCGGAGCUCGACGGCCACGCCGUGCUUUCGUGUCCUGACACGGUGUCGGAGGGCAUGCUAGUGGUGCACGAGAGGACUCUUGUCAUGUGCCUCCUCAACCUCCUUACCCAUCACGUCGUUGACCUCCCAACGCUAAGGACAUUGUAG